AUGAGCACCAAAGCAAAUAUCCCACCGGAAGUUGUCGAUCAAUUGAUGAAAUUCGAUCAAGCUUUGACAAAAAUGGAAGAAUCGUUGGAGCCGCUUUUAAAUGAUGGCAUCGAUGUUCAUCUUCAGGUUUUUUUUUCAAUUAUUUGGGAAAAUAAUGACUUUUUUCAGAGAAGUGCUAUCGAUAUGGCGAUGGCGGACAUAACUUCAAUGUUUGCCAUGGAUAGCUUACAUUGGGCUCAACAAUCUUUACGAGGAGAGCAGCCGGAGAAAAAUGACGAGUUAUUAAUAGAUAUUGUUUGUACGAAAGGAUGAAGAUUAUAUAUUUUCCAAAAUUCAGAAUCGAACAAAAAAGUUUAACGCCGAAUUGAAAACACUCCAGGAGCGACAGGAAGCUCCGAGAGUUUCAAAGCAAGGCGCAGCUGUUAGAAUUCAUAUUUUGAAGCGCAUACAUUUUUUGAGUUCAGAACUUUAUUCGGAACGCUUUGUGGGAGCUUCCAGAAGGUUCGAAAGACGCCGAAAAGGAUGAGGUCUGUAAAUUUUCAAGUAAUAUCUGUAUGAAGCCUUUUUUGUGUCUUUUGUCUACUUAAAAAUAGCUGAAGACUUGAAAAUGAACUGAAAAAUUUCAAAAAGGUCUCAAGAAGGUGAGGCGUUUCCAGUGCUUUUUCUUUUCAUGUGGGGCUUCUGCGCCUUCAAAAUCCUUGAAGAUUUUUCUGAAGGAAAGCGCGAAAAUUAGCUUUAAAAUUGCAAAAAAAUUAACAGAAAAUUAAAAUUUUUCUCAAUUUUUUCAGUGACUGAAAUAAUUUAACAAAUUCUUUAGAAGCCUAGCAAAGACCAAUCAACUUCGAAAAAGGCAAGAAAAAGAAGGUAA